GCCUGAAGAUGUGCGCCUAUCACUGCGUUUUGACCUACUACCCCGGCGUUCGCGAUGCGGUGCGCAUGCGCUUGAGAACGCGCAAAGGCCCGGGCGGUGAGAAGAUACUGGUGUAUGACGAUCACGACUUGCAGGCGAUUCACCGCGAGUUGGAUACGCGUCUGGCUGAUUCAUCAAAAGGAGCUGACUUUGGCCCACGUACUACUAUUUUUUGAACUGAUUGAAAAAGUACAGAAUUCAUUCGCCCAAUAAAAACGCCCUGCAUGUCGCUGCCUGUGGCUAGGCCACGACAGCAGGCAGCAGCAGCCCCUGCGCAUGCCCAUCGCCGUCCGAGCAGCGGGCAGCGGUCGCACCUCAUGCGCCAUGUUACAGCCACAAAGUCCUGCGCCUUCCCGCCCUCUUCCGCUGAAUGUCCUCCAUUACGGCACGAAGCUGCUCCGCAAACUCCUGCCAAAUAUUAGGCGGGUGGGGGUUUCUGUUGUUCCGAGGGCCAACACAACCUGCGAAACCGGAGGACCCCCGGGCGCUGCCGUAAGCUGCGCGAACUGGAUGGCGAUCGUGCAAUGGGCACCGGCGGCGACUUGAUGCGCCGGCUGCGUGUUAUAAAUCUCCACGAAGUGCGCCCCGCCUCGCGGGCUGGCUAUUGAAGAAAACCAGGCCGGCCAACCCUCGACCAUCAGCCCCACGCUGACAGUUUUCAGGCGCGCUUGUUCUGUUUUUUCGUAGGGGCAGGGUGAUCGCGGUGCAGGCUCUCCGGGGCGCUUUGCGUGGUGUCCAUUUCUGGAGGAGUAACGGGCAAAGGCCUGUCCCGUUCGGCGGGUUCACGGAGAUGCCCCGCUCCGUCUUGUCGGUGUCUUGUUGCUCUUGUCUGCUGCCGCAAGACCCCGCCACGGUUCAGUUUCCCGGACCGGCCCACACACGUAGCCGAGUCUUCAGCAAUAUCCCCGAACCCAGAGCCGAAGCAGGUCGCAAGAGAACAAGCCCCCCGAAGAAAAGCAAGCCGCGCGACUCGCGCCUUGAAGGUUUUCCCCUGGUGUCAGGCUGAGCACAAUAAUCCCACACCCCCGAAGUUGCGCCAUCGGGCUGAACUUGCACGAGGAACACGAAACAGCAGCACGAAAAAACAAACGACUUGCCUCGCGAUCUGAUUGCUGAGGAGGGUCCAACUUUGGGGGGGGCUCGACUCUGCCGAGCGAAGUCUUCGCAGGGGGAGAGGGUGUUGCAGGCUUUUGACGCUUUGACGUGUUGAGUUUUUCUAGCUGUGUUUCUACUUGUGUUAAAAAAUUCCAGGUCCGCUGCUGAAAGACCCGAGCAUUCAAAACGCCAGAGACGAGUCGGACGAUGAGUAUGAGGAGAUGUUACAGGCGGCAAAAGAGGGUGCGGAGCCGGAUGGCGUUGACCCCUUGGAGAAGCAGGCCGAAAAGCUUCUACCAGCGGAAGGUGAGGAGGAACAAGCUCUAGAUGAGGACGCAGAAGCUGACGACAAGGCUGAUGAUGAGGACGAGGAGUCCGAGGGAGGUGCGGAUGAUUAUGAACAGAACAAGCCGCCAGCUGCUCCUCGUCAGGCGAAGCUCAAGAAGUACAAGACACCACUUGAAGAACGCGUCGAAUUCAUCCUCGUCUUGUGGUGCAUCUUGAAGUCGUAUGGAGCAAAGCUUCGUAUAUUGAUCUACGAGGUCGCUGGAGGUGUUCCGCUCUUCUAUCAUAGCAUGAAGAUCUCGCUUCAGUUCAUGCAAGUUGCAACGCAUCAGUUUCAUUUUUACGAAUACCCGGCGGAGCUGAGCGACAUUGCAAAGGCCUUCAAUCGUCCAGUUGAUGCGGAUGUGGUGUCGUUAUUGAAUUCGAGCGACAACGAUGACCAAGAUUUUGCCCAGUUGUUCGGGAGCACCUUUGAAGAGGUACUUCUUUAGAAGUCGUUUUCUUACAGGAUAACUUUGAUUACAAUUUGCUCCAUCGUCAUCCUGAAAAUUUUCAUGAUUGUUCUCAUUAUAAAAGUCUGACGGUUUAUUCUUGGAGGCUGAGGCAAAUAAUUCUUUUACCCAAAUCUAAAACCUGACUAUCAGUGCUUGGCUCGUGGGAUAACGUCGAUGUGUUUUCGUUUUGGUCAAUGGCAGCGGCUGCUUAUGUAUGGAUCUGGCAGCACUUUGGAACUUACCUUGGAUCAAUUGCGCGAGAAGGCGGAGAAGUUGGGCAAAGUACCAAAGGAAUUGGAGUUCAUUCUGGCGCACUCCGAAGAGCUUCUUGGCGAGUCACGAUCAGGGCCGCUGAACAUGAUUUUCUCGGGUUACAAUAGUGACCUCCAAUCAGACGACAACAUUCAGAUGCGGCGCCACGGGUAUGGCGAGUGGACUAAGAGCGCAACCUCAUACGGUCCUCAGAGAGUGAUCACACCUGCUACGUUCGAGCUGCAGACGGCACAGCAAGUUGCUACUGCGAUAGAGAGUGGCUCAGCGAUGGGGGUUCUUGCUAAGGAGAGCACAUGCGGCCUUGCGCGUACGUUUUUGGUGAAGGAAAUUGAGCGGCAUUUAACCGCAGGUGACACGGCUGCAGCCAUGGAUGAGAUCCGUGCUUGGCUGGACAGUUUGAUUGUCAGCACUCGGGACGUGGAGGCACGUGGAGGCACGAUGACGAGACGUGCGCGUCAGGCGUCGAAUGUCGGGCAGAUGGCAGAUGUGCUUUAACUUGUUCUUUGAUGUUGCUUGUAGAACUUGAAGUGUUUGUAGAACUUGGGUGUCUUAUUUCAUAGCAAGAAACUUUUCGACUGGGGAACUCCUGAUCUCAGCGUGCUUAUCAACUUCCUCAAAUAUCUACAGUGGUUUCCGUGGCACCAAGCGGAGACACAAGUGCCGCUGUGGAUUCCUCAUUUGUGCCCGCCCGGUGGUAUUGCAAAGCUACCAGGUGUAAAGGACAGCUUCUCGAUAAUUGAGCGGGAUUGUUUUGGGAAGCGUCGUGCAGAAGAAAUCACCACGUGGCAGUAUCAUGAACGUGUUCGAGAGCUAUUUCCGGGACUCAUGGAUCUGCACUUCGAGGACAACACGCUUGGGCUGAUCGAUUUUGAUGCACUUGAAGUCUGGCUUGGCGAACAGACUCCGGAGCAACGUCGUGAUCCUGCGCUCUACGAGCGUUGCAGACGCUUCAUGAAGACUAUGAAGCGUCCUGACGAGGCUUACAAGUAUGGCAAGCAGGUGCGGAAGAUGUUUCAGACCGAUUCUUCUCAGCACAGGAUGACUCCAGACGAGCUCGAUGACCUUCAGCGCACGACAGACAAUCCUGAUGACUAUCGUCGCAUCUGUCCUACUGAGUUGAUAGUCCGAGAGCACUUCACGCACUUCUGCUCUGAUUCGGCUCUUCGCAGCGAGAAAAUCGAGAACGGGCGAUACCACUGCUUGUUUCUAAAGGGCGUUUUGAAUGCUCGCAAAUCGUUGCGGAGACCAACUGUGCUCGAAAUCCAUACGGCCGAGAAUGUCGUGUACGUGCAGAUUUUUGGCUCGGUUCCUGAGAUGAACUACCUUGUUGAGUCUCACCUCUGUCGCGACUCCGAGCUGAACACGGCCGCAGAUGAGCUCAAUGCAGAGCUGCAGCAGAUGCAUGAGGCGUACAAUGGCAUCCCAUCCGAGGAACUGGCGGAAAUGCGCAAUCCAACCAUUGUUGAGAAGCUUUUGGAUGAUCGUAAGUCAUCGGAUGUCGAGUUGGCGUCUGGAAAAAGAUGGACGGAGUUAGAGCAGAAGCGCAAGCUGACAACAUUCCAGCGCGCGAAAGGUAAUAGUAACGCUUUUUCGUACGCAGUUAGGAUGAAAAAAAAUUAACGUGAAAAAAGUGCCCCACUUUGAGGCCUGAUCUACAACAGCUUUCUUCUGAUCUACAACAAGCUGGAUAACUUGAGUCAUCAACUUCAAAACAGAGUCUCACAACGGCAAAGAAGACUUUUCGUACUUGGAUUUGGAGAACCAUAACAGAAUGGACCAAGACUAUGGCUAUUGGCCUGAUGCUCCCAGUUGGGCCAUGCCGCUGCCGACGGACCGCAAGUCUCGCCGCAGCUCCCUCAAGUUUCUGUACAUCCACUCCGACGGAAUCUUACACUGCAACAGCAUGCGGGGAGUGAAGAAGAUUCUCGUUUGCUCAGGUGCUUACUACGUCUACCGACCUGAAAAGAACGAUGUGCGCAUUCGUAUUCCCGGAGAUUCGGUCCGCGAGACGCCGCUUGCUGCGGCCUUGUCCCAUGGCCUUGGCACUGCCAAGGGCUUUUUGCUAGCAAAGGAGUUCAGUAUGGAUGGCGACAUGCACAAGAUCAUCAAGAAAGUCCUGGACGAGUCUCCUGGAACAAUGGAGGGUCUGCUUGGCUACCCGCAUCUGCCCGUUUUUGCCGAUCCGAAACAGUGUCCGUGGCUUCAGAAGCUAGACAAAGAACAAGCCAACGUCCGCGAGUUAGAUUUCUUCAUGAACACACAAGUAAAAUCCACUGGGCCACAGGCCGCUUCUUCUUCUAGUACUUCUCUUCUGUGCAGCGAUUUGGAUGGUGAAGAUGUGCUGGGUGUGAAGUCUGACGAUGUACAGUUGAUUCCUGGUCAGGAGAAUACACACGAUAGCUCGCUCUACUACUUGGGUGGCGGAAACCCGUCCUUUACUUACAACGUCAAGAUGUAUCAAGAAGAUGAUGAGCAUGGCCCGAGCGAGGACGACGUCGAGUUCAUCCGUACGUACGCCAAUAGCACGACGUUUCGCAAUGAUGACGGUUUUUGGUUCAAUCCAAGCAGAAAGAAAAACAUGAAACUCACAAGGAAGUUUCACAAGAAGAAAAAGAACAAUCCAGUGGUUCUUCCUCUGAAUCUUGAUAAAGUUCGACUGACUCCGCAGCAGCGUGUGAACGAAGGCUUGCAGUACAAGGAAGGCCAGAGCCCAGUUUGGCCGCUUGCCACCUACUUCGGGAAAAUUCCAGUUGAGAACUACAACUACCGCGAGUAUGUGGGACUUCUCUUUCAGUUGUUGUACGGAGAGGAUCUUGCUGGAGCAUUUUUGAACGAGUUGAACUUCUUUGAUGACAUCAAUCCCGAGACAGGUCUGCAUAAUGCAAAGUCAGGGAAGGUGAAUCAAAUCAGAUUGGCUGCUAGUCGCCUCAUCGUGGAGUUGCGCGAAGUCGAGAUCGAGGCAGUUCAGCAGAUCCGCGAUCGCAGCAAGGGCAUUGUAGCUGCAUCUGCGAAGCCGAAGGGUUCGAAAAAGGGAAACGCAGCAAGCUCUGCUGGAGGUGGUGGCGCAGCGCGUUUGGGUCCAUCUUGGAAGCAGGUCAACCAAGCCCGCGCCCGUGCGCAGGCGGAUAUUGGUGGCGAAGCGGGGGAUCUUUUGAACGAAGUGAAGAAGGACGAGGUAACUCCUCAUAAAUUGAUCUUUAGACUAAGACUCUCUGGCAACCUCGCCUGCAAUUGCUUUCGUUCGUUUGAAUUCACUUUCUGGCAACCUCACCACUCACAGGUCGACGACAAGUCGGAUGAAGAUGACGAGUGGGAUAAGCAUGAUCUCUUUACGACGGAAACUAUGAGCCACGAUAUUGAUGACACGGAGCAGGGCGUGGAACGACGCUACCAGACUUUGGUGGAUUACUAUCUCAACACUGCUGAGGGAAUGGCUGCAAAGAAGGAAAGCGCGAUUUGUUUUCCAGUUGGAGACGACUUGAUCAAGCUACAGGCAAGUGAUGGCGUUCGCAACUUCAACAUCAGCUGCAAGAAGUGUGGAGCCCUCCUGGGUCGCGGACAGAAGCACUACAUCACGAAAAAUGGAGCGAAGAUGUACUACUGGCCUCAACACCCGAAUGCUCCCCGACGUGAGCGUGCGAAUGGUCCGAAGAGUCACGAAGUCCGAAACUUGGCUGAACGUCGUUGCUACUGCGGCUGGUUCAAGGGCGGCAAGCUGUGGAAAGACCGUGACUGCACUAUCCCGUGCAAAGGUCCGGAUACCUGGAUGUGCACAAUCCGAAUGGUGAAGGCGCGUCUGCGGAAGGACGAAGACGCACUGUGCAGCUGCGAAGGCGUCCUCCGUGCGCCGACGGAACUCAAGAUGCUGCCCCAGAAAUACACCUUCAACCUGAAGCAAGAGGAGAACUAA